AUGAGAUUUAGAAAGGACACUGCACAGAACCAGAUGUCUCUCCAUGAUCGCUUGAUUCAUGUUUACCACUUUACAAAGGACAUUGCACAGAACGAGAUGGUCCCUGAUGAGGAGUUUUCAAAGGUACUCGACCCACAACUUGUAUCUAUUUCAAGGUCACUAGAGAGGGCUGUGGCUAGAAUUAAUGGUUCUUUAUUUUGCUUCCUCAUCGAUACCCUUUUGUUUGUGCAGUGGAAGUUUGCAUUCUUGUCACUUGGUCGUCCAGAGUACUUGUAG